GACUUUCUGGAAAGUGUGUACAACAUGGCACAGAGACCAUAUGUCAUUGUUGGUCUGCACUUUGACCAGGAGGUGAACCGAUACAAGGGGAAGAAUUACCCAAUCAUGAAUAUCCACGAGAGGACACUCAGUGUGUUAGCCUGCAGAUAUGUGUCGGAGGUAGUGAUAGGAGCACCGUAUUCUGUGACUGCAGACUUACUGGACCACUUCAAGGUUGACCUUGUCUGUCAUGGAAAGACUGAAGUAAUGGUGGAUAAGGAUGGUGCUGACCCUUAUGCAGAAGCCAAGCAACGCAACAUCUUCAAAACCAUCCACAGUGGCAAUGAGCUCACUACAGAUCACAUUGUUCAAAGAAUAAUCAAGAACAGGCUGCUGUUUGAAGCGAGGAAUCAGAAGAAGGAAGCGAAGGAGCUGGCGGCUAUCCAGGCCGUCAGGAAGAGGAACGAACAGCUGAAGGAAGAUGUCCCUGAUGAGGGCAGCAAUGAAUAGACUUUUCUGACAAAACUGAAAUAUCCACUUGUGAUGUUUGUUUACACCAACACACUACAUUUUACAAACACUUUCUUUAACACUCGGUUUUUAAGGUUUACCGUGUUUUGGCAUUUUAACUUUACAAUGCAUUUUACUUGACAAAAUAUGAAUACUUUUUAAUAGUUCUAACCGCUAAAAUGAUGUGCACUGAAGGGCAUUCUAAAGACUUUGCAUGUACUAAACCAAAUUACUUGUAAAUAUCCAAAUAACUGUGAUUAUAGAGUCCCGCGCUGUAAAAACAAAUCCGUUCUAUGUGUAAUUUAAAUUAGUUAUAAAUUCUAUUUAUUCUUGUUCUGUUGACUUGGAGAAAGUCUAACACUGUAGACUAUUCAAAUAUCUUAUGUUUUUGCAGAAAAUGGAUUUUAUAUAUAUAAUAUAAAUAUAUAUAUCAUGCUUAUUUCUAUUUAAAGAUUUUUUUUAAGAUCAACAAUUAAAAUACAAGCGUUGUUGGUGUUUUCUAAAUUUUAGACUUUAACUGGUCCUCAGAUAGUGAAACAUGAUUUUAUUUUAUCCUGGUCUGGAAGGCAAUUGACUCACCCCUUGUUGUUCUCUAGACCCAUAAAAUUAUGAGCCAAAUUCCAUUUUGUUCUCUCCUCCACAAUGUAGCUGAAUGGAAAGUUGAGGCAUUUCAUUUCAAACUCUUUUUUACUACAAUCCCUGGGUGCAGUGUGUGUUCGGAAUUUAUUCUCUGGGAGUGUACAAUAUUGAAGGUCCCAGUGUCGAGUUACUGUCACCAUUAUGCACAGUUGAUGUGAUCUCAAACGGUUUGCAAGUGAAAUCUGAAUCAAUGUUUAAAAAAAAAUAAAAGCCAGCAUGUAUGCAGGGUAGCAUGUUAAACCUAUUCUUCCACUACACUGGGGUUGGGAGGGAGGGCGGCAAAGAAACUUGGAGCAAAUUCUGAAGACUUUUGAGGGGCAUCGUAUAAUGAAAA